AUGUAUCAAGAGGUUUCAUCUCGACCGUCCAGAUCCCGCGUGCUCAAUCAUGGCCGUGGGGUCCGGCUUCGUACCACGCGGAAUGCUGCUGGGAAUGACGCUUCUGAGAAUGCCAAAUCUGGCCUAGCUGAUGGGACCGCAGGCAGUUCAGCAGCUGAAACUCGUGUGGUUGGUUCGGCCGGACCGGAGGCCCAGUUAGGGUCGGCUGCAGCAGUGGAAAGUAACGGGGUUGCUGGAGGUCGCAGAAGAAGGAAAAAGCAGCCGAAUUCGGAUAAACCUGCGAAUGCGGAAUCAAGAGCUGGGCGCGAAACCAGUAUCGAGUCUGCUAAUAACGGACGCAGAGGGUCGACUGCAUCAGACGUGAACCAGCGGCUGACUUUCAACGCUGCGUCGCAGCCGUUGGAUGAUUCAAUAACCGCGUCUCAGCCGUUGGAUGUGUCUGAUCCUAGGGUUUGGCUCCCUCCGCCGCCAGACGUGCCCAGGCCUCGAGCGACUCAUAAUGCAGCCAUGCUGGCGUAUAUCGGGGAUGGAAUAUAUGAACUGUAUGCACGACGCCACUUCUUGAACCCCCCAUCUGCUAUUGCCACAUACUGCCAACGAGUCACAGCUGUUGUCUGUUGUGAGGCCCAGGACGCCUUACUGCGGCGAUUGACCUCCUCGAAGAUGCUCACAGAGGAAGAGAGGGACGUGGUACGGUGGGGAGGCAACGCCUCCACGGGUGCCAGGAAGGCCAAGGGGAGGGCUGGAUCUACUGUGUAUGCCAACGCCACUGCACUUGAAACACUGAUUGGAUUCCUCUAUCUCACCAAUCCUCCCCGCCUUGAAGAAUUAAUCACAGCCACGUCGGCAGGUCCACGUCAGCAUAGGACCGCGUCGCUAAUCUCGUCCGCUUCUUGCGCCGCCAGCUCCGCACUAGAGGGUCCUUCCCCGUGGAAUAAGGCAUCGGCGGAAUAUUCUGUCCCCCGGUUCCACUUUUCCGCGCCACCCCCGUUUUCCGCCUCUUCCGCUAGCCCCCUUCCCCCCUUCGGUUCCGCCGCCUCCUCCUCCGCCCCGGCCCGUCUUGCUUUCUUUCGUUCCGCUUCCGCGACUUCCGCCGUUCCGCGUACCGCACCUGAAAGUUUCGCCUUCGCAGCCGCCGGGUUUCACUCCUCCGCUGCUUUCGCGAAUGGCGCCGCAGUCGGCGGCGCCUCGGGCGCUAGCACUAGCGACGAAAGCACCAGCCAAAAUGCAGCCAGCGAGUCCGUUUUGUCUGACGCGCCGCUUACCUCUGGUGCUGACGUCAGCGGCGCGGUGUUAGGUGACGGUGCCGCUGACGUCAUCAGUGCUGCCACGUCGGACGUGGGUGUGACGGUGGGGUCUGAGCUGGCAGCGGCGGCGGCGCACUGCUCGGCACCCAUUGCCGCGUUGCAGCAGCUGAUUGGUGCAGUGCAUGACGUGGCAGGCCUGCCCUGGUGGCUCUCUAUAGCAGCAGCAACGGUGGGGAUCAGGCUCAUCCUGCUGCCUGCAUUCGUCUACCAAGUCAGAUCAACGGUCAAGAUGGCGCCGGAGAUGGAGCGAUUGCUGAACAAAGUCAAGGCCGCUGUGAGUCGCUCUGCCCCUCUUUUCCUCCCCUCCCUCCUUCCGUCGUCUUGCUCCAUUCUCUCCUCUUCUCAUCUGUCCAUCUCUCGACUCCUCUUCUCUCUCCUCCUUCCUCACCGCUGCCCAUUUUCCGCAGUCAACCUGCAAAUUGCGUUGGUUAGAUUGUCCCCGACCCCAGGUGCCCCAAAUAACUCCUUUGUUGUCUAG